CACCUCAACAUUUUUAGGUGCUGGACAAUGUUAUCCAAAAUGUAACUAGCACAGCAUUCAGAGUGUUUGGUAGAGCUAUCCUCCAAAGUGGAGGACUGGGUGGUUCCAGCGGUAGCAGCGGAGGUGGCGGAGGACAAAAAGUCAGUGUGGUACUUCCUACAUUCCCUCCAGAUGAGUAUGAUGACGAAGAAGAAGAAGAAAGCACCACCCCUGCUGGAACUGACUCCGACAAAGAUGCAAACUCAGUACCAUCCAAUACAAACGAGCAAAUUAAAGAUACUGGCAAUGAGUUGGAUGAUAUGAAAGAGGCAGUGGAGGCGCCCUAUCCUCCUUCCUCCGCCAGCGAAACGUCAGACUCGGACUCGAGCAAUACGAUCGCGAAACGGCACGUGCGAGUGCCUCGGGCUGCGGAGACGGAGCAAGCUGCGGAGGAGGAGGAGCACCACGAUCAAGAGGGAGCGGAAUCUGCACCGGAACCUGCUGAAGACCUCUCGAACGUUGAAGACGUCGACGACCAGGACAGAGACAAGCGGUAUACGGCCGACCAAGGACAUGCCGGAUCCGGCAAUUUCCUAUUUGAUAUCAUACGGGUAAGCGGGGCUUAAGGGUAAAGAGGUGGUACUACAUGAUGCAAUGCUCAAUGGUCUGGUGAGAACGGCGGGCGUGUAGGUGAUAUAAUAGGAAUAAUAACGUGCCUUUAUUCAACUUUGCAUACAAAAACAAAAAAAUUAUAUCUAUAAAACUGCAAAAGUGCAAAAUUAAUUAUUGUGACCUUUUCCUGUGUUAUGCAGAAGUGCUCGUAAUUACACAAUUUCAUAAGCAAAGCUUUGGAGGUUCGGUUACACACGUUGAAGAAAACAAUUUUUAGGAAUAUCUAUGCCGAAUCCUGAAAACCAAAAAUAUUUAUGUACAAGUAAGGGAAUACAAAAUAAAAUAAGAAUCGGAGCAUAAGAAAAAGAAUUUUCGAAUAAAAAUGAAUGUUACUAUGUGAUCCGGCAAACCAAGAAUAUUUCCAUACGAAUAAGUAGGAGUAGAAAAUAAAAUUAGAAAGUAUGAAACAAAAUGUUUGAGUGAAAAUUACUUUUACUAUAUGUCAAAAUAGUUAAAAAUACCAAUACACAAGGUGUUCGCUUUAGUCAUAAACACAAAAUCUACCUUUGGGUAUGUUUUAGAUAAUGUAUCAUUUUUGACGCGGUCUAUAGCUUCAGGUAGCUUUUUAUUGUUUUUGUCUACUGACAUUGGAAUUGGCUGGUGUCACUAGCUGCAUAUCUAAGACUUACAUUUUGAAAGAAAUCAAAAUAUUUUGGAAGCUCAUAUUUCUGAAUUUACUUGAUGUUUUCAAGGUAAAACGAAGAUUUUUUAUGCAAACAUUUUAGGGUUCGGAACAAAUUUUUUCCAGGACGUAUUUGACAAAAGUCUUACUAGACAAGCAAUAUUAAAUAAAGAUACAAUCACCAUCUCGAAGAACUGGUGUCGUCUCUCUCCUAAUCAUGCAUUUUGAAUCAAGAAAAAUCUUGUGUUUGUCCUUUUGCUCUGCAGAUGUCAUUUUUUUGUUCACGCGAGGUUGAAAAGGCUGCCAUAUCAAUUUAUCCUAGAAAUAGAAUUAUCAUAUGUAAGGAGCCUCUGAGUUUAAGAAAAACAAUCUUUUAUUUUAUACGAUCUACCAGAAUAUUUGAGCAGUUUCUUAGAUUCUUAUAGAACACAACAAAUAAUCCUAAGAAGCUCCCCUACAGGAAGAAGCUAAUCCACAGGGGUGCGUUUGUGGAACUUUAUUUUUAGAAUGCCUAAGUUAUUAUAUUCUAAGUAUUCUAAAUACGUUUUCUGCGACUACUGUUUUUAUUUUAAGAAGUAGAGUGAGCGUGAAAAAUAUAUAUUCUGCCGAUUUAAGGCACUUUUUAAUUACCAAAUAAGAUAAACAAACAAUGGACUAUGAGACCAUGAGAAUGACAAGUGACUACACUCUUAAUCCCAAGACGUUCGAGACAGGAAAAAAAUUUCACAUUUGACGUUCCAGAAGGAUUUGCUCUAUUUACAAACGCAUGGAACAGGUAAAAUUAUGAAUGCUGAAACGCUAAAGAGCAUUACAAAGUACGUACACUCUGUAAGAAUUUACGAAGCCCUGCAUUAUUUGCCGCGACAAGACGCGUCUCCGGUUUUCAGAAGCAGCGCACAUUUCGAAAUCUCCACAGCUUUGGAACUGUCAACUGAAGGCGGCCCUGGUUAGCAACGCUAACCGCCAAUGCAAAAAUCGCAACGGGACCGUAGACUAAUGAUGACCUUGGAAAACAGCUGGCUCGCUUAGUCCGUCAGGGACGGAUCGACCCUAAUAUAAUACAUCUAAUGGUUGCACUUUCAUAAUUACAACCCUGGGAAAAUAAUUUUGGAAAGCCAGACUCUGCAACUGGAAGAAUGCUGCUGUUUGGCUCGAUAAGACGCAUUCUUAUUUAAAAUAACGAUUUUGUUUCAACACCGAGGCCUACUACCUACAGGAUAGAAACAUGAAUAAAAACACUUGCAAGGCUCGUAUUUGCGGAUUAGUUGUGUCCAUUCCUGAAGGACUGAAGGAGUCAACUGUUUCUUAAAGACACCUGACGUGCGUUGGUUACUUUGGAGUCAAAACAUCCUUUGAUUCUGCAGCUGAAGUUUGUACACUCUGUAUAAUUUCUAGUAAUUUUCCUCUGUUAACGCAAGCAUUAGCACAAUAACAAAGUCAUACAAACCGUAUUAGCAGCUGCUCUAUACUUAGUAAAAAAACCUGCCGUGCUUCCGUUCACCUACACACCGCCGUUGUAAUGCCAGUUGAUUAUGUAAAUAUAUUGGACUAGAACAAAUUUACCGCUAAUUUACUUGUUUGUUAUUAAUUUUGUUUGUGAACUUUCAUAAAUAUACAUGUUUUUUAUACUGACGCAAAGGACAACGAAUGUCUACUGUCUUGGGUAAGCUGAUAUGCUGUCAAUAACUUGUACAUGAAUGAUAGUGUUUGCGUAUUCCUUAGCAAUUUUUUGUAAGUUUGUUGUGUUUUGAGAAAAAUAAAGUGUCUUGUUGUAACA